CGCCCGGACGGACGUUGACACCGGCGCCAUUUUGUGCAGAGACGGUCGGCAUCGUCGUCGCUUCAAGAUAGAGUCGAAACCCGCGCUUAAACCCGGUUAGCUGAGGUAAACAAAGUAGAGGGGAGUGAAUAGGAGAGAGCGGCCGAAAAAAGGGGGGGAAAAGAUGAAGAUUUUUGUAGGGAACAUCCCGACCGAGGGCACGGUGGAGGAGCUGCGGACGCUGUUCGAGUACUACGGCACGGUGAGGGAGUGCGACAUCAUCCGCCACUACGGCUUCGUCCACAUGGACAGCCCCGAGGAGGCGGCGCAGGCCAUCGCCGCCCUCAACCAGUACGAGCUGCACGGGCAGAAGCUGAACGUGGCCGAGUCGCGGCCCCGGCCCUCGGCCUCCGCCACCGCCAUGGCCGUCACCAAGGUGUACGUGGGCAGCCUGGCGCCCAGCUGCAGCAACCAGGAGCUGAGGGCCAAGUUCGAGGAGUACGGCCGGGUGGUCGAGUGCGACAUCGUCAAAGAUUAUGCCUUUGUCCACAUGGAGAAAGAGGAAGAUGCGAUCAAAGCCAUUGGCAGUCUAGAUGGCCAAGACUUCCUGGGGAACAAGCUGAGGGUGCAGCUGUCGAGGUCGACCUAUGGCAAGUCUGGGGGGCAGCGGGAGGUGUGCCAGCGCUGUGGGAGGCAGGGCCACCAGGCCCGAGAUUGCCACUCUCUCCGCCUCAACCAGUAUAACCAGUACCAGCUGGCAUCCCAAUACUACCCGUCCUACUACUCGUACUACGACUAUGACUACAGCCACGGCUCCUACUACGACUACUACGAGGAUUACCAGGCGGCCACCGCAGCUGCCGGCUACACCACGGUCGACUACACCAGAGAGAGGAGCCCCAACCGCCUGGCCAUCACCACGGCGGCGGCAGCUGCAGUCUCGGCAGCCGCCGCCACCAAUAGCUGCACCCAGCUGUACGAGCGCACCCGCCUUUCCCCCCUCACCGUGCCAAAGUACCAGGCCGAGAAGUACAUGGACGAUAGCAUCAGUAGGUACGUAUCGGUAGCUCGCAAGCCGGUGGGAGCGGUGGGGCACGCCUGCCUCACCGCCCAAGUGGGGACGGCAGAGAGCGUGGCCGCCGCCGCCGCGGCCAACAACGUCGCCUGCGUCACCGGCGCCACCUGGAGCAUGGUGCCGCCCGUCGACGAAUCUACCCUUGGCACCGCCCAGAUCUCGGAGCAGUAGUGUCCGGCAUCACGCCGAAUCCACAGUAAGUAACGUGUAUCAUGCGCUGGCCUGAGGUGUGUGGUGGGGGGGGGGUCGCUGGGUAAUGGGGAAAUCCUACCUCAAUGGAGCAGGAUAUUGCUGGGUUAAAGCUAAAGGACAGAACAGGAUUGUUCCUACCUUAUUGGAGCGGGGUGUGAGGUGGUCGCUGGUUAAAAGCUAAUAGACGGAACAGGAUUGUUCCCACCUUAU